AAUUGGACAUCGGUUCGAAAGUACAAUUCAGUGUAUUUUUUCAACCCUUUUACAAAUAGUAGGGCGAAAGGGCGCCAGAAGUACAGAGGCUUUGCCGUUUCCUUUCUUGCCAACAGUUUUUUUCCCCCUGAUCCCUUUUCUUGCUGAUGCACACGGACGUAAACAGAAUGUUUCAUUUUAGUGUCUUCCCUGUCAUUGCUUAAGGCUGGUAGUUGUGUGUGUUUUGGGUUUCUUUCCCUAAUUCUUGAUCUUUGGCAGUCCCUUUUCACAUUCCUCCUUAAUAACUUUGAUUUCAUUCCUCGGUUCUUUUAGUUCCCUAUCAGUAGGCUCAGGACCUCAAAAUGAUUCCUGAUGUUCUUCUUGAAAAUGGUAGCCGUAUGCUCAAGAUCAUGGAAACUUGGCUUUCUUCUGCUGAUUCAGCUUCACUUGGUACUUGCAUAGGAGCAGUUCAUGACCUGUUUCACAGUCACCCCUGGCCAAGUCUUCGGUGUUAGAACGGAGCCCUUGUAUACUGUAAUAAUAGAGUCAAUCUGUUUCAGUUUGUGUAGUUACAGCUUUUCAGCCAGAACAAUUCUGCGUCAGUAUGAACCAUGGUGAACAACUGAUCACCUUCACUCGUGCCCAAGAGGAGUCAGAUCGUUGGAGAGAUGGACACAUUCAGAAAAAAAACAGAAGUUCUUGCUUCACCAACCAGGAAGAAGAGAAUGCAGCUGGUGAAGCCGUGCGUAACUUUUAUGAGAGCCUGGCACUUACAAGUAGUUCUAAAAGAGUGUUACAGAGGAAACCAACUGUAACUUAUGUGCUCCAUCGGCCAGCGCAGGUGUCUCCUUGCAUCCCAAACUGCCCAGGACAAACCGACACCCACAAAGGGAAUCAGCUCUUGAAAGCUGCUCAAGAUGGCAACAUGAAGUCUCUCCAGAGGCUUGUGGAGAAAGAAGGGUGUGAUGUGAAUUAUAAAGAUGGGUUUUAUUGGACAGCUAUCAUGUGUGCAGCCUAUGCUGGACAAGGGGAAGCGGUACAUUAUCUUUUGAAUCGUGAGGCUGCUUGGGUGGGGAUUUGUGAUUCACAAGGCCGGGAUGCUAUGGAUCUAGCUGAAGAAGCUGGACAUGAAGAGGUGAUCAGCAUCCUUCGGGAGAGCAAAAGGCCUCAAGCGAAGAAUGAAUCCUCUAGUUUACAGUUACCAGUUGAGAGAAGAUACUGUGAAGUAUGCCAGGCACACUAUAGCGAAGACACUGUGGAUCUCCACCAGCGUUCCACGGCCCACCUUUUCAAUCGACGUGACCCGUUACCCUCCACCCGGUACUGCAUCCCUGAGAAUAAUGUGGGCUUCCAAUUGAUGGUCAAAGGUGGCUGGGAUAAAGAAACUGGACUGGGGCCCAAUGGUGCUGGUCGCAAGUUCCCUAUUAAGACUGUCCUCAAGAGAGAUCAGAAAGGCCUCGGCUUCUGCAGUAACCUUAAACCCAAGGUUACCCACUUCAGACCUAAUGACCGUUGUGCUGUAGAGGAACCUGUGAAGCGGCAAUCCAGAAAAGAACGAGCAGCAACCGUGGGAAAACGGGAGGCCCGCCGGAGGGAGGCCAAGGCUGCCGCUUGGGAACGCAACCUCCGUACCUACAUGAACCUUGAUCUUUGAAUAGUUUUGGACAAGCGGUGAUCGUAAUAAUCGCAUAUCCAGCUAUGAGUUAUACAUCAUAAUAAAGUGUAGCUUAAUCAUGGUUUAUUGAAUAUAUUAACAUUGGCUCUGUGUACUGUAACAGUCUUGGCCACUUUGUUAUUGAAUGUGUAGUGUGACCAGCCACUGAGUCCUUGUUCUCUUUUUAGUCUUAUUCAAUCUUUCUCAAUCGUGGCAACUGUGAGGUUGUGGACUUCAACUCCCAGCAUUCCCAUGCUGGCUGGGGAAUUCUGGGUAUUGAAGUCCAUGCAUCUUAAAAUUGCCAAGGUUGAGAAGCACUGGACUAAUAUGUCGCAGAGAACAGAAUGAAACAGGGAAGACAUCUAUAGGAGAAAGAAAGAAGAAACUACUGGUUCUUUGACUUCAUACAGUUUAACAUAUACUUUACAUGCCUUAAAAAUGAAUAAAUAAUAAACUUCACAAGCUGAA